AUGUUUGGAUAUUCUUUAAGAAUGAUGAAUAAUCUUAGAUUUAGUUUCUGUACUUUGAAUAAAUAAGCUUAUGGAAAGUAAGGGACUAAAAAUAUCAAUCAAAAUAUUUCAUAUUCUUUUGAUGUUAUAAACCAUUAUGAUUAAAUUAGCAAAAUUAAAGGAAAAGGUGCUAUUGUUUCACUUAUGCCUUGUUAUGUAAAAUUAAAUAUUAUAUAGCCAUAAUAUUAAGUAACCAAAUAAGGUUCAGUUGUUGUCAAAAUGAAAUAUCCAAGAAAUUAUAUUUAUUUAUGGAGAUUUUAACCAAUACCAGAAGCUGGAAAAGAAGUUAUUUAUUAUUUUAUUAUUAUUUAGGUUAAUAAUAAAGAAUCUUUAAACUUUCCUAUCAGUUAUGAAAAUUGUGGCUAUAUUCUAGAUUUAUGUGAUGAAUUAGAAAACAAUCCUGAAAUCAAACUUGAAGAAUAGACUAUUAAAGGUAACCUUACUUUCACCAUUUAAAUUGAUAAUACAAAUAGAACUGCUAGAAUUCAAUUAUAUGCUAUUCCUCAAUAAUAAUAAUCACAUUAAUAAUAGCAAUAAUAAGAAUAGAAAUAUGAAGUUCAAAUAGCAUCAGCAUAAUUUAAAUUGAUAUGCGAAUAAAUGAAAGUAAAUAUUAUUAUUAAUUUAUUAGUAAGGUUUGCCUUUAGUAACAGGAUGGAUAAUUCCUGAAAAAUUUUUGUUUUAAAUAAAUAAAGAACAACAAGAAUGAUUUAAAUUAUCAUAUUCAUGUUUCCUUAAAAUGUGGAG